AUGAGACUGAUUCCUGUUAAAAAUAUUGAUGGCUUGCUAAAUGCUGCUGGAUUAAUGACACACUUCGCUGAACUAGGUCUAAAGAUUGGAAAUCAUGUUGAAGACAAGACAGUAUUCAUGGUUACAGACCUCAGCAGUGAUGAAGUAAUUAUUGGCAUAGACUGGUUAAGAUAUCAUAAUCCAGACUCAGAGGUAGAUUAG